UCUAUCAAAGUAAAAAACUAAUGAAUUAUACAUAAUUUUAUACAAAAAUCCAAAAAACAAUGAAUUAUAAAUAAUUUUCAGAACAAUGUUUAUGGCCCUAGACAAGCUUACUCCAAAUUAAUUCCAAAAUUUACAAGGCUUGCCUUGGAAGGCAAGCCUUAUCCUUUGAUGGGAGAUGGUAGGCAUAAAAGGUAAUUUGCAUAAUAAAAAUUUAAAUCCGUUCUGUUUAAGAAGCUGGAUUUAUGUAGAUGAUUGUGCAGAAGCUAUUAGACUUGUGACAGAAAUGAUUCACAAUAAAGUUCAAAAGUUGAUGAAUAGAGAAGCCACCAAAAUUCAAUUUGCCCCCAUUGCUGACCGUCCAUAUCACGACAGGCGAUAUCUUAUUAAUUUUAAUAAAAUUCGGGAAGAAUUGGGAUGGAAAUGUUUGGUUCCUUUUGAACAAGGAUUGACAAAAACAUUAGCCUAUUAUUUGAAGGAAUAUAAUAAAUUGCAACGAGAAUUGACAACAUUAGAGAGACCUCACGGCUAA